AAAUCAGGUCUAAAGUUGGACUAAACUUGGACUAAACGUGGUCUAGACCAGGACUGUCUCUGGUCCUAUUUUUGCUCUGGUUCUUGGCUCUUUUUUGCAGGGUUUUCGGGCUCCUGGGGGCCGAUCGCUUGGGGCCGAUCGCUUGGGGCCGAUCGCUGGAGACGAUCUUUAGGGACUGAGCCUCUGUGGAUUUUUGAGUUGCUCCAGAUUCCACUUUUUGUUUGACUUUUGGUGGACUUUUUAAAUAUAUUUAAACAUUUUAAACUCUUUUUAAAUCCUGUUUUCUUUCAUUUUUUCUCUGCCGAAUCGUCCUCGAGGAUCUGCGUCUGUUGGGACCAGGAUCUCUCCGGAUUUCACUUCAAAACGUCUCCAGUUUUGUUUUUUGCUUUUUCAAAUUUAAAACAUUUUUAUUAGACUUUUUCAGUCAAAUCUCUGUCUUUUUGGCAUUUUUGCUUCAUAUUUUUGUGUCAGAAUCUGCCACAGAGGAAACUGCUCAGGUCACUCUCAUUUGUGGUUUUUGAAACUGAUUUUUAACAUUUUUUUAUUUUAAACAUUUGUAAAGAUUCCCCUCAUAUUUUUCCUGUUCUUUCUCAUCCAGAGCAGAUUCCGCUGCGGCUGAAGAAUUCUUUUGGGAAAACUCUCGCCCUCCGUCUUUUCACUCUUUUUACUUUGUCAUUAUUUUCAUUUCACAUUUUAUUAAAUUUCACACUUUUUAUUUGAAAUAUAUUGAGAUUUUCCUCUGGAGGAGCAGCGAGGAGAAAGUUUUGUCUUAUUUUCUGAGACUGUUACAGUUUUGGAAAAAUAAUGCUAAAAUAUUUUUUAAUUCUUUAAAAUCAGAAAAAUUAUGAUCUGAAUUUGACUGAUAUUUGACUUUUUUUUUUUUUACUUUCAUUCAACAUUUUCUCAUGUUGUUAUUUUAAAAGUACAGAAACAGGUCAGACUCACACAGACGUCUGCAGACUCUUAAUAUUCUGUGUGAUUCAUGUUUUUGCUUUUUGCUCAGUUUCACUUUUAUUUUCCUGAGGUUUCUUUCUAUUUUUGUUAAUUUUUCCUUUAAAAAAAUCACAUAUUUUUUGGACAAAAUUCUGUGUCCGCUCUGACUUUUCCCCGGAGUUCUGCUACGGUUUCAGACUUUUGUCUACGGGAAUUUUAUUUGUGCUUUUUCCACAAAUUGUUUUGCUUCUUGUUUCUUUUUCCAGAAUAAAAUCUACAUUAAAACAUUUUAGUUUUGUUCAAAUGUUUUACUUUCAAUAUCCCUGAUUCUCUCAGACGUUUCACACUUUUGAUCAAAUAUUUUGGAGAAAUUAUUAUUCUUAUUAUUUACAGUGAGAUAUUUUUCCUUUUGAAUUUUUGAGUAAAAUUCUUGGUGUCACAUUUUUUUCCUUGUUUGAAUUUUUCUUCUGGAAUUUGUCAAAUCCACAUUUUACUCAAAACAUUUUUCCUGUUUUUUGGGAUUUUUUUUUUUUGUCUUUCUCUGGUCCACUUUUGUCUCUGGUCCUGGUCUUUAGUCCUGGUCUCUGGUCCUGAUCCAGUCUUGAGAUGUUUUCUGUCCCGGAGCCUGUGUCUCGAGGAGGAGUGUCGUCUCUGAAAGAGGAGCCUCUGAGCGUGCGCUCCUGGAUGCACUCCAGUGGGGUCCUGGACUCCAACACAGCAGCACAAAGCGGCGUGGGUUUGGCUCGUGCUCACUUCGAGAAACAGCCUCCGUCCAAUCUGAGAAAAUCAAACUUUUUUCACUUUGUUUUGGCGCUUUACGAUCGUCAGGGGCAGCCGGUGGAGAUCGAACGCACAGCGUACUGUGACUUCAUCGAGAAAGAGAAGGAGGUGAGCGGAGAAAAGACCAACAACGGCAUUCACUACAGACUGCAACUGCUCUACAGCAAUGGCGUUCGGACGGAGCAGGACCUGUACGUGCGUCUCAUCGACUCCAUGACCAAACAGCCGAUCAUUUACGAGGGGCAGGACAAAAACCCAGAGAUGUGUCGUGUUCUCCUGACUCAUGAAAUCAUGUGCAGUCGUUGUUGUGAUAAAAAAAGCUGCGGCAACAGAAAUGAGACGCCCUCCGACCCAGUCAUCAUCGACAGGUUUUUCCUAAAGUUCUUCCUGAAGUGUAACCAGAACUGUCUGAAGAAUGCAGGGAACCCGAGAGACAUGAGGCGAUUCCAGGUGGUGGUGUCGACCACAGUGAACGUCGAUGGACACGUUUUGGCCGUGAGCGACAACAUGUUCGUCCACAACAACUCCAAACAUGGCCGCCGCGCCCGCCGCCUCGAUCCGUCUGAAGCAGCCACUCCGUGCAUUAAGGCCAUCAGUCCCAGUGAGGGCUGGACCACAGGGGGCGCUACAGUCAUCCUCAUAGGAGACAACUUCUUCGAUGGCCUCCAGGUGGUAUUUGGGACGAUGCUUGUGUGGAGUGAGCUGAUCACGCCUCACGCCAUCCGAGUGCAGACUCCGCCCCGACACAUCCCUGGGGUCGUGGAGGUCACUCUGUCCUACAAGUCCAAGCAGUUCUGCAAAGGAGCUCCAGGGAGGUUUGUCUAUACAGCUCUGAAUGAACCCACCAUCGACUACGGCUUCCAGAGACUCCAGAAAGUCAUCCCCCGACACCCAGGAGACCCCGAGAGAUUACCCAAGGAGGUGCUGUUGAAGAGAGCGGCUGAUCUGGUGGAGGCGCUGUACGGGAUGCCCCACAGCAACCAGGAGAUGAUUCUUAAACGAGCCGCAGACAUCGCAGAGGCUCUGUACUCGGCUCCUCGGAGUCACGCUCAGAUUCCGGCUCUGGGAAACUCACCCCACGGCAUGAUGGGAGUUCAGUCCUUCAGCGCUCAGCUGCCCAACGACAACAACCAGGGAGGAUACACUCGUGGGUCUAACAGCGUCUCUCCUCGCGGUUAUGCUCCGACUUCAACUCCUCAGAACUCAAACUACAGCGGCAGCGUCAACGGCUACAACAACAACAUGAGCCCGGGGUUUAUCAACGGGAACUCCUCCUCUCCUUACGCAAUGGUCCCCUCCAGUCCUCCGAUGGCCGUGUCAAACUGCUCCUCGUCUCACGGAGUUUUCUCAUUUUCGGUGAAACAGAAAAGCGCCUUUGCUCCCGUUGUCAGGGCGACCGCAUCACCUCCGCCCCCCCAGGGUUGUCCCGGCAACGGAGCCAACAGCAGCGCCGCCAUGCAAGCCAUGUCGGGUUUGGUGCCGCAGAUGUGACACGCCCCUUUUUUCCCCUGACCCGUCCAAUCACGU